AGGGCAUGUCGUAUAUUGUUCCCCCAGUGCACGGCCGACUGAGAACCCACAAAACAAUAGCUAAUUCAAUAUUUAAUUUAGCGAAGCGUUGAUUGUUUUGGGACGGUGAAAAGUGAUGGGGAGGGGGGCGUUGUUGUGCGAAUGCACAAGUGUUUUUGGUCGUCUGCAAGAGCGAACGUUACAUUGACCAACAAUCAAUUCUUGUUUGACGUGGACUGUUUUGUUGCUCGGCCAAACCUUUUACUUCUCGGUCGGACUUUAGGUACAUGUGUGCGGAGAUAAUCCCCGAGAGUACACGGGUCUAAAUAGUUGUGUCACUAAGUAGUGAUAAAACCAACGAUACGUCAAGAAGUCGUUUGGCACGUUUCCCUUUCAUCUAGCGACGUUCAUCGAUCAGGGGACACAAAAGCCGGUUGUGGAAUCGUCUAGAGGAGAUGUUGGAGCCUGUUUUCCUCCGUUGAGAAGAAACGUAGCGUCAGGCAAAAAAGGCUAAUUCAUUGACUGGUCACAACAGAGGAUGGUUAUAUGAAGCUCUGUGCUGACCCCUUACGUAUCUCUGCAUUUUGUCGUCAUCAAGGAGAAAUUCCCACCAAGAAGAUAAGACAGGUAUAAAUGUUACAACCUACUUCCAAGCAAGGUGAGGUAGAGGCACUGUUUGAGAGGAAGUUUCCAGAGUGACUGAAAAAGUUGGAGAUGCAAGUCAUUUUGCCAUUCCAUUGGACCGGUGUUCUGUCCGGGACAACAUACCGUAACGCGGACACCACUGUUGCCAAACAGCUGCGCUGACGUGUGAAGGCAGUACCGAUUCAGAACUGUGGCCCUCCUGAAAAGGGACCCCGUCAGUCGGUGAAUGCGGUCUUACGCCAUUGUGAUCCAUGGCAGAUGCAUCGGAUAAGCGGUCCUCCCAACGGAGUCUCAACAUGUCCCAGACGACAACGCUUACAGACCUCCUGUCAUCAAACUCCAGACAUGGAUCCACUCAUUCGAGGAAUUCAUCCUCGAUUCUGUUCCAGAGUAAGAUGUUUCAGUCUGCAUCUGCUGCUCUGGAUGCGUACAUUUCCGAAUACGACAAGUCGAGCAUGAGUUCUGGUGGGAGCUACCUUCAACAGUCCAGCUCUAGCACGCUGUCACCAUUUCCUCAGAAGUUAACAGUCACAUCCACUGCUAGGAAAGAACAUGACCAACACAGAGGAGAGAGAAGCUUGUCAUCGAAAGCCCUCAUCGAUGCCUCUUAUGAGGAAAUGCGAAGAGCAGACUCAGAAAGGGAGAGGGCACGAGCCUUGAUAGAGACGUCCAAAGUCCUUCACGACGAGUCCAGUGGACAGCUCUCCCCCCUGCCAGGUAGCUCAAUUGUUGCCGGCCACCUUCCCAGCGACAUUGACAGUUUGGCCACUGAUGCUCUCAUCUUGGCACCCUCUCACGUCACGUCCAAACAUUGGACUCCACACUCCUCGCUGGACAGGUACCCCACAAGGCUCAAUGCCUCUGCCAGUCUGGAUGACAUCUCCAAACCUCAGGGCGUCACGUUUGCAUCCUCCAGCAGCAGAAAUGGCAGCUACGUACCAAAGCCAGGUAGACACAUGAGUGGGUACUCAUCAGAGGACACAGAUCUGUACCUUCAGUCUGGUAGAUCAGGAGGAGUUGGUAAAUACAGACAGAGUCACUCUGCAGAGGAGACAGAACUGCUGACGAGUCGGUCUGCUCCAGAGGACUUCUCCAAUCAGAAAUUCAGAAGAAGGUCAGGAUCACUACCCCUGGAUCGUCCCAGGUAUCCAAGCUGGCUGAAAGACCUGGACGUCUCGGGAGUUAGCAGUAUCACUAGAAAAAGUAGCGAAACAGGAGAAUCCUCUUACAGACAUGUACAUAGACUUCAAUCUGGGUCUGUUCCAUCGGGAAAGCCUAAGUAUCCAAGCUGGCUGAAAGACCUUAAUGUUUCAGGAAUAAGUAGUGUAACAAGAGCCACAUCUGAGGCUGACGAUGCAAGAUACUCAUCAGCUGCCCAAAGGCCGAGCUCUGCCUCAGUUGCACUGGACAGGCCGAAGGGAAAGUAUCCAAGCUGGCUGAAGGAACUGAACGUAUCAGGUAUAAGUAGUGUGACGAACGCCGCGAGGUCGGAUGUGACAGACUUGCCACUAAACCCUGGGAUUUCUAGUGAGGAAAGUAGAAGUUACCUCCGACAUUACCCGUCUGUUGAUGCACUUCUGAGUGGGGAAAUGGACCGUAGACCCCAGGCACUGAGUAGGACAGAUUUAGAAGAUGAUUCUGUGUCAACUCCAAAGUCGAAAUCAAGAAAUACCAGCAAGCUUUUGUCAACUGUAGAAAAGAAUGGGAUAAAGAAGGAGUUGUCAAGACUAAAGCAGCUGAAGGGUGACAUGGUUGUUACUGAUAGCAGGGAGAGGAGUAGGAAAGGGGAUAAGGACUUCAGAUUUUACAAGGAGGAUAGGAGAUUGAAGGGUACUCAUCAUCCAAAUGGAUGGGAUAAUGGCUUAGCUAGCAGUGAAGGAACCUGGAACAGUGUUAAACCUGUCACAAGUGACUCUGAAGUGUUCAAGAAGCCAUUAUUCAAUGGCAGCAGCAGGGGCUCAGACACCAGGAAGGCCUUGGGUAGACGGAUAUCUCCAAAGAGACUGACCAGACCGAUCUCGUACAAGUUCAGAAGCGGGAGAGACAAAGCAGUGUCAUUCAGACCAGAAAACAGCAAACCGUUAAAAACAAGCUUGAAACACGCCUCGAGAAGUAACAGACAAAAAGGCAAGUACAUCUAUUGGUCGGACGGCUCAGACUCCAGUAGCACAAAUGAUCUGCUCCUGCAAUGGCCGAGGGGAUCGAGUAGAACAAGCCCCUCAAGAGACGAUGCCUUCUCCCUGGACACAGAGGGACUGUUGGUCCAACCUCCUGUACCACUGCUGAACCUGAGUCCAUCCACAUCCAGCACCCACAGUGAGAGUGCCAGUAGGAAAAACAGCACAGCCUCCAGCAGGAGUGCAGACUCCAAGGUGAAAGCAUUGUUGAGCAAGGCAGAAAGAGUGCUGAACAAACCUCUGCCCAAACCAAAACUCAGGCCGGUCAAGACAAGAGGAGGCAGUCCGGACACAGAAGAGAUUCUGAAUGAAGAAAGACCAUGGGAAAGACAUGUUACAAACUUCAGAAAACCUCAGCCUAUCAACAAACAGAAUGACAGUAGAGACAGAAGAAUAGGAGCAAACAAGAGGACAGGAAUUAUCGGUGACUUCCUCCACGAUGUCAUGGAUGAGGACCACUCGGAAUACAAGGAAGAGACCCUAACAGGAGGAGAACAGCCAGGUCCAGUGGAGGCCCUGAAGAACAUGCUGUUUUCUAUGCAGUCAGUUCAAGCCUCCACAGCCAGACUGGCCAAUGGGGUGAGCAGUGAUGACAGUGAAGAAGAACAGACCUAUAUUGGAGAUGACACAGACAUCCCCUCCCCUGUGGAGGGGAGCCCUGAGCAGUUCCGUACUGAACCUGGUGCACAGUCUUUAGACAGGGCCCUACACCAUCUGUCUAGACUGAAGCUACUGGUCACCACAGAUGAGGAGGGCAGAGGAAACAAUUAAAGAUGGCAUGGGCACUCUUUCAGUUACACGAAUGAUUCUGGCAAAGUACUCUUACGUUAUACUGUCUGAUGUCCUUCCCUUGAAUUCAGAUCUGUUUCCAAAAUUUCCUGCAAAGGGCAUUGAGGAGUUAUUUUCUUUUGUAUAGAGUUUGAUAAUCUGAUGUUUACUAUGAUAUGAUUGUACCUCUAUAGGUUACCUUCUCAAAAUGAUGCUAUAUUACACUUGCCGGAGAAUAAUGAUCUGUCAGCACUGCCCCCUGGUAGAUUUUGUGUGCAUUGCAACACACUAGUGGAAGUUAUUCUAUUGUGUAUACUAAACUAUUGCUAUUUUAUAUGCAAGGCCUUUGGAAUAGUAGAAUCGGUAUGAGAUUGUAUAUCAAAUAGAAAUUAUAUUAACUUUGUGAAUAUACAUUGUACAGAUGAUUUUGUGUAGUUAUCUUAGCAUAAUAGCUCUAGUGCCCCACUUUUUAGGCAAAAAUAUCGUUACUGAAUGGGUCAAUGUUGAAAGUGUCGACAAAUUUAUCUUCCAGUACAUAAAUGGUGUCAUCCCAUUAAGUUAAAAUACACUUGAAUUGUACAGUUUAGAUCUGAGCAGCAGUAUUUUGUUAGUCAUUAUAUAUAAAACAUUGUAUACUGCUUCCAGAAUAAAGGUGCACUCUAUACCAA